AUGUCCAAUUACGAAUAUUCAUCUUUUCAAUCGUCAUCAUCCGGUGGUGGUGGAGCUGGUGGAUAUGGAGGCUUCGAUGUAACAAAAGCCAUGUUUAACCAGGCCGAUAUUAACAGAGAUGGGACAAUCGACAGAAAUGAAUUUCAACAAUGGGCCUCAGGAGCUGCAGGAGUGGGCGGUUUCGGUGGAUCGACUGGAGGAUAUGGAUAUGAUUCUUCAUCUAGCUUUGGAGUAUCAAGUGGAUUCGCUGAUGGUUAUAGUGGCAGCUCAGGAUAUGAAAGUUACGGAAGCGGUUCCCAGGGUCUUGAGGCUGGAUUCGGAGGAUCAAGCUACGAUAGCAGCUUGUAUUUAUCGGAUGACUAUGCAGGUGGAGCUGAUUUUUCGGGAGGCUACGGUGGAUAUAGUCAAGAUUUCGGAGCAGAUGGAUAUUCUGGUUACGAUUCAGCAUCUGCUAACUAUGUCAGCGAUGGGUACGCAGCAGGAGGAUAUGGUGCUUCGUCAUAA